AUGAGGGGAGAAGCUUUUCGGCGCCAUUUCCGCACGACGAAGAGCGCCCUCUGGCUGCUUUGCAGUGAGCUUGCCCACUUCCUGGUGCCGCUGACCGCGGGGGGCCUGAGCGUCGAGGACCAAGUCCUCUGUGCCCUCAGGUUCUUUGCAACUGGCAGCUUCCAGUCGUCAGUCGGCAGUGAGGCGACCAUCGACAUGUCCCAGCCGUCUGUAAGCCGCUGCAUUGCAAAAGUCGCGCGGGCCAUUGUUCAGGUUGGGAAGGAGAAAGGAUGGGUGGCCUUCCCACGCACCGCCAGCGAGCGAGCUGCAAUUAAGCAAGGGUUCUUGCAGCGCGGCAGGCUCGGCGGCGUGAUUGGGUGCGUGGAUGGCACGUUCAUCGCCAUCGUCGCCCCGAACCUGCCUCCUGCGCAGAAGGCAACGUAUUGGUACCGGAAGGGCUAUUACGCCCUCAAUGCAAUGGUGACACCUGCCGCCGCCCCCUUCUGCCCGAGCAGUGAAUUGCAGCAUGUCACCACGAGCAGCCUCGGGAAUCACGACUCUGUGACCCCAGUAAAUGAGACCUUUGUAAACGGUUAG